GACACACACGCUAGAUCGAUAGGGAGACCGGCCGCGAUAAAGACUGGCGAGGGUCUCAGACUUCAGGGAUGUUGCAGUGCUGUGGUGUUGGAGGUGGCGCUUCCACGGCUCCGCAGCUGCACGGUACCGGAUCCGCUGUCGGGGCUACCACCUCCACGAGAACCACCAUCAUGCAGGACGCAAUUCUCGAUGCCAUCCUGGAGAAAAUGCGGGAGGCGGAAGCCCAGCGAGAGGAGCUGGGGAGGCAGCAUGCGGACGCACAGAACCAGCUGCGGGAGAAGAUAGCAGGACGCUAUCAGGGUCCGGAGUCGGUCGAGGCGUUGCAGUCGAAGAUCCGCGAGCUCGAGAAGAAAACCGAGCUGCAGGUGGUGAGGUACGAGGAGCUUUCGCUAGAGCUGACCAGUCUGAGACGUGCGCGCAGCAGGGGACCGGUCGCAGGGCAUGUCACGUCCACGAGCGUCCCGACGGCAACUUGGCCGCCGACCGGCUCCGAGAUCGAUAGAAUCAUCGCCAAGAUCGAGCAGGACAAUAGCGCCGGCAGAAUGUUGCACGAAUUGGACCACACGCGGAGCGCGAUAACCACGCAGCAACCCUCGGCCACGCAGGUCAUCCUUAGGUCCAGCUCAGAGAAUCUUCCCAACCUCGGACAUCAACAUCCACCUCACCCCCACGCCCUCAACCUCGGGAUGCCUACUCAGAUGGGCCACUACGCAGGUUCACCAAUGCCAUUAACGCCGAUGAUGCCUGGUUGUCCUCCGCUGACGCCGAACGGACCACCAUAUCACUACAGUGAGCCGAUACCGCCGGCACCGUCACUCUCCAGCAGUCAGUCGCAGCCCGCUUUCCAGCAGAAAAUUCAACAGUACCAACAGUCGCAACAGCACGAGCUGUCGAGUUCCCAUUCUCAAAGCGCUCUGCCAUCUCAACAGAAACAGCAAACGCACACCUCACACUUCACAAGCAAUCAGUAUCAGGAGAGCUAUCCACACACACAAACGUAUCAGCAACCGCUUCAACAGCAACAGCCGCAGCAGCAACAGCAGCAUCCAGCCUCGACCACGUACCUGACAUCGGCCAGCCAGAGCGUGAUACCUCAUUAUACACAGCCUGUCCAGACCGCCCAGAAUUAUCAGUUGAAUGGGAGUCAACAGGCAACGACAUAUCCUAGUUUGUCCAUGGCCUCGCAUCCAAAUGGAACUUACAGCACGGCCGCGACUAGCUACAACGCCCAGUUGCCGCAUCACAAUUAUUCCGUGCCGCAGACGAACAUUACGCAGACAACGCUGUCCUCGCUGCCGCUGUAUUCCACGCCCUAUCAUUCCACCCUCGGGCUCACGAGCGUACCCCAGUCCGUUCUUCCUUUCUCCACCGGUCAGAGCACCUUUGCUACUGGUAGUGGAUCGACAUACUCCACUACCGUCGGGACCAACGCUUUCGGGUCGUCGGGCGUAAGCUCAGGUACUAGUUCGGGAGGUCUGUUACAAGCAAUAGGCGAUCCUCUACAAGCGAUGCAGCAACUCUCCGCCCAGUCGCAGGCAAAUCAGCUUCAGCAGCAGGCGAUUAUCCAGCAGAUCCAGCAGAGCUUGCGCGCCAGUUCGCCGACCGCGCCCGGUACCGCGACCGGCCAUCAUUUUCUCGGUGGCCCUAGGCAAAUGCCGAGGAUCCCCACGAGUAUACUGACAAAUCCCCUGGACCGACUCACCGAGGACAUUGUACCCGAGGGUCAAGUGGACAUGCUGGACGUGCCCGGUAAAGGCAGAUGUUAUGUUUACAUAGCUCGCUUCAGCUACGAGCCGUUCCAACACUCGCCGAACGCGAAUCCGGAAGCGGAACUACCGGUCCAGGGUGGCGAUUACCUCCUGGUCUGGGGCCAGCCUGACGAAGACGGCUUUCUGGAUGCGGAAACGCUCGACGGUAGACGCGGUCUGGUGCCGGCCAACUUUGUGCAGAAGUUGGUCGGCGAUGAUCUACUGGAAUUCCAUCAAGCCGUUCUCGGCCUCAGGGACGUAGACGAUUCUGCCUCGACGAAUAUCCCUCAAUGCUAUCUGCAAGAUAUUGAUUUAGAAUUAGCCGCAUUGGAAGAAGGAAACCGGAAUCGUCAAGCAGAAUUAUCCGCGUAUGCGGAACUCGACAAUAUCGCGGAGGAGGAUGAACAGGAGCCGCCAGUUCCGGCGCCGCAGCACCUCACGCUCGAACGGCAGCUCAACAAAAGCGUGCUGAUCGGAUGGACCGCGCCCGACAACACGCACCAACUCGAGUCUUAUCACGUCUACGUGGACGGCGUGCUGAAAGUUACGGUGAAGGCCACCGAGAGGACCAGGGCCCUGGUGGAGGGAGUCGAUUCUACACGGCCGCACAGGAUAAGCGUGCGCUCGGUCACGCAUUCGAGAAGGACAUCGCGCGACGCCGCUUGCACGAUGGUAAUCGGUAAGGAUAACGCACUGGGCCCGAGCGCCGUCAAGGCAUCGAACGUCACGGCGACUAGCGCCGUGAUAUCCUGGCUACCCAAUAACAGCAAUCAUCAGCAUGUCGUAUGCGUGAACAACGUGGAAGUGAGAACCGUGAAGCCGGGCGUCUACAGACACACCAUCACCGGCCUGGCCCCGUCGACGAUAUACAGGGUGACCGUCAAGGCGAAGAACCUGCGGGCGACGCAUUUUGAGGACCAAAAUGCCCAGGCGGCGAACAACCAGGCCUGCCACGUCCACUUUAAAACGUUGAACAAGGGACUGCCGGAUCCUCCGGUCGAUAUCCAGGUGGAGGCUGGACCGCAGGACGGCACUUUGCUAGUGACCUGGCAGCCUGUUGCCCUAAACGGUUCGGCCGUCACCGGUUAUGCGGUGUAUGCCGAUGGUAAGAAGGUCACCGACGUUGACAGCCCCACCGGGGAUCACGCGCUCGUCGACAUACACAAGCUCAUGGGUCUCAAUCCGAAGAACAUUACCGUCAGAACUAAGAGCAGGGAGAGUCAGUCGGGUGACAGUUGUGCAACAGCGAUACCCUGUAGCGUGCUUCGGGGUGGUGCCACCGCUCACAUGCCGCCGUCCCACGGUGGACUUCCGCACAUGGUCGAUCAACGGCAGCCCCACCAGUCCGCUAUGGGUCCCCAGCAGGACGAUCCCAGUCGUCAUCGCAUGCCCGGCGGCGUAGGUCAGCGAUAUCCAAACGCGCCCGUGCCGUCGCACAUGAGACGGCACGUGGGCAACAGAGUAGACGCCCACGGUCAGGUUAUCAUCGAGACGGAUGAGAAUCUCUCCGACAAGGAGAUUUAUCCUGGACAGAGCAUCCCCCAGAUGGGAAUUCCGGAAAUCACAAAAGAUUCUGCGAGCGAAGCGAAUUAUAGCGAGGAGGACGAUCCCACGCGUAGAUCGCGGGGAAUGCCACCACAGCAUCAUGGCCCCCAUCACCGAUAUGGCCCGCAAAUGGAUCCUCAGGGCCCGCCUGGAGCACAUAGGUCUCCUAGCAUGGGCGGUCCCAGCAGUAGACCUGCACAAGACCCUUAUUAUGACCAAACGGGAGCUCAAAGGGGGAGAGGACCGGUUUAUCGUAACACUGGUGGACGAGUAACACAGGCUCAAGGUGGAGUGAGUCACCCAUGUAGCUCGAAUGUAGCUCAACAAAUGAACAAGAGACAACGGUGGUUCGUGGCGUUAUUCGACUACGAUCCUACGACCAUGUCACCGAAUCCAGACGCGUGUGAGGAGGAAUUACCAUUUUCUGAAGGCGACACCGUCAAGGUGUACGGUGAGAAAGAUGCCGAUGGCUUUUACUGGGGCGAGUGUCGCGGUAGGCGAGGAUAUGUUCCUUACAACAUGGUGGAGGAGCUAAAAGAGCCACCAGGUCAGGGUCAGCCUAGCAGAAGGGGACCUGCACAGAGCGAGAGAUGGGGAGACAUUUAUGCGAGCAUGCCCGUGAAGAAAAUGAUAGCCCUCUACGAUUACGAUCCUCAUGAAUUAUCUCCCAACGUCGAUGCUCAAGUCGAAUUGACAUUCCAAACCGGAAACGAGAUAUAUGUCUAUGGCGACAUGGACGACGACGGAUUUUACAUGGGCGAGCUGAACGGUGUACGCGGUUUAGUGCCGAGUAAUUUCCUCACCGAGGCACCCGGACAGAAUCAGGGGCAACCGCCGCAGGGUAGCAGGCGACCUGGCGGCCAGAGCCAAGGGCCGGGCGCGAGGGGGCCACCGCCACCUCCUCGAGAACCACCCCCGGCCGGUCACCGACGUGGCAAAGGUAAACACACGCAAUCAGAUACCAUUCAUAUACAUCAAAUCCCCCUUAUAGUACCGAUUAUCAGGGCAUGAAUAGCUCCUCAA